UGUGCCUUCGAGAUUAAAGCAGACAUCGUCUUGUGUGGAGUAAAGUCGUAUGAUAAAGUAUUGGAGGAUUCACAUUUUGGGAAAACAACUGUUACUCCACAUGUUACUGCCCGUGUAUUACUCAAAUAUUGCAAAUUGUUAAACAAUAUAGAUUUUACUUUGAAAGUUACGACCGGAAACUUGUAAUGAAACCUGUCAGUUGGCGAUAGAUCGAUAACUUGUGCUAAGAUAUAAGUAGGCUACGUGCAGAAAAAAUGUAAUUAAUGACAGCUCAUUAUUGUAUUCAUAACACCGCUGUCAUCUGAGCCGUCCGCUGCCAGCUCGAGUGCAGCUUGCUCUCCUCGCCAGGUUAUCAAUAUGGCCUCAUGGAUUUUUCAGAUGACUGUGAUGGUGCUAUCUGUCUUCAUCAGCAGCGGCCAGGGAAAGAGAGACAAGAUGCUCUACUGCUCUGCAUGCAGGGCAAUUGUGGAUGAACUGAACUACUCCAUCAGUCAGGUGGACCCUAAGAAAACCAUCAACGUCGGCGGCUUUAGACUCAACCCCGAUGGAACCAUGAAAGACAAAAAGGUACCUCUCGCUCGCUCCGAGACUCACCUCAGCGAGCUCCUGGAGGGGGUGUGCAACAGCAUGAGCGACUACGCCCUCCACGUGGACCCCGACACCCAGCGCAAACGGUACAUGAGGUUUGCUCCCAGGAGUAGCGGGGCCACCGGGGACUUCCCCGACUUUAAAAACUUCCAGUUCGACGGACCUGAGGCAUCCGACAAAAUGAAAUUCGCAUGUGAAGCCGUGGUCGAGGAGCUGGAGGAUGAUAUCAUCUCUCUGUUCAGCCAGGACGUAGAGCACGUGCACGAGGAGUUAUGCAACAGAGUCUCAGACUACUGUGAAGGCACCAGUCGCACAAACGAGGAGCUAUAGUGUUUUAGAUUUUCGGUGGACCAAGGCGGGAGCAGCUCUGUUGCAGAGAUUACAGAAAAGAGGCCUGCGACAAAAACAGUUUUUGACAAAUAAUUGACAAAUCUUUUUUCAAAAAAAAUAAAUAAAAGAACUAAUCUUGAGGAA